CGACCACGAGAAACAGCACCUCUCGCUCAUUUUGUGAAUGAACUGGAGAGAUGCGCACGUUAUCCGAAGAGCUCUCUCAAUGAUUGGGCACGUGCAUUUGGUAAGCUUCUAACAGGAUGUGAAUGAGGAUGCUGUCCACGACGGUGACUUAUAAUGCCGAAAUACUGAAGGCUUUUUCAAUGUGGAUUUGGAUUCAAAGCGGAAGUUGCUGCUCCAUGGAUAUUAUCUCACAGAAGGCACAGCUGACCAGGAAUGCGAUGUCCAUUUAAGUCAUUUGUAUGGACAAUGAGAUGAAGAUGUUCACAUUCAGAUACAGUUCAAAACUAACAAAGGAUACCACACGCGAAGAAACACCUUCAGCUCUGCUACACUGAGACCCGGAGGCUUACAAGGAGAGUUAUAAGAUCAACUGAGGAACGGGUCCAUGCAUACUAAACGAAAAAUGACCGGACCAAGAACAUUUUGGGGAUAUUUUUAUCUAUAUUGUGUGGUAGCUGCUGACAAAAUUAAAGGGAGUUAACGAUCGUUUGAAAACCAACGCUGACCACAAGAAAAUAUCCCGAUGGGGUGAACCAGGCCUGAAGCCUAAAAUGAUCCAUAUAGCCCAAGGCGUGUAUAGAUUGCUAGUGUGGCUAACAGUGGCUGUGGUUGGCUGGUGUGAGUCGGCAGGAAUUCCGAGUCUUCCGGACACGUACGGCCGAGAGUUCUUUCUACCCUACAUCGAUUAUUCCCCGUGGCUUUUGACAAUCAACAUUGUGCCUACAUUUCACGAAUAUUCAAAUUUCACAAUCACAAUAACAGACCAUCAAACGGGGAGGAGGGCUGAAUGGGAGAUGACAAAAUAUGGAAGAGUUAGCCUCAAUUAUACAGACAUCAUCAACAACUACGACCUGACGGAGUAUUCAGGUACACAUAUAAACUCCCCGGAAGAUAUUUCUAUCUACAUCAAGAUGAGGAAAGGCGACAUGAUGACUGUGUUUCCAAUGGACGCGCUUGAUCACGAAUAUUUCAUCCCACAGCGAUCGUCUCCCUUGGACUAUUCCCUUGUGUUCGUGUUCGCUUCCUCAAAUAACACCACUGUGACCACUAACUGCAACUUGACAGAUACAAUGUCUAACGUAUCACAUGACCAAUAUGGCGACCAGACGUCUUAUCCAAUCAACGCCUUCGAGACAUUGAAAUUAGAGACGUCCAAUGGGAACACGAUACGUGUAAAAGCCGAUAAGCCAGUGGGAGUGAUACUUUUGACAGUUGACGUGCUGUAUGACACUGAAAACUCCUCCUUUGAGGAUUCAAAUUUAGUGUAUUUUGAAUUUGUACCUCCACGGUGUACGUGGGGAAAACUGUUUUAUGCCGUGUCGUUUUUUGAGCAUGGAUCUUUAACUUUCACAAUAUCUGCUGAAUUGGAAACAAACAUCACCCUAAAAACUCACGACUCCAUCGUGAACGCCAUCGUAGGAGCCAACAUGACGGAGCAUUAUUUGUGUGCGAACGUGUCGUAUGUGACUUUAACUGCUUCAAGCCCUGUCCAAGUGUAUGUUAUUCAGACAAAUGAAAAAAGUCAUCUUGGUUGUAGGAGUUCCUAUUUCCUCCCUCCGAUUGAGCAGUAUUUACGGUGCCUGAGAACCUGUAUGGAACUAUUGUGCCCUUCCUUCCUCCCCCUCAGUCUCGCCGACUUUCACCCUUCCAUUUCUGAUAGUGUCAUUUUCUCGGAUGCAAAUUCAUCUACAAACUGCACAGUGGCCACGUAUACCAACAUUGGUGUUCAUAAAUCCACGAUAAAGACAAUAAAAAUAGAUAACUCAUACAUGGUCUUCCUCCAAGAUGGCGCCGCCGGAAGUGUGAUCCCUCUGGGGUCAAGGUUGUCCCGGAUACACGGGGCGUGUGUGCAGACAAUUGUCGCCAAUGGUGGGGGUGGGGACGGGGUUGAUAACGACUGUGACGGCUUCAUUGAUGAAGAGACGCUGGAUAUGAAAGAUGACGACGGCGAUUCGAGAGUUGAUGAGGACACAGGGAUGGUGUGUAAUGAAACCGAGACGUCAAGGAAACUGCGGUCGAAGGAAGUUGACAAGUCGGUGACGAAUGUUUUCUUCAGUGGAGUUGAUUACGUGGACGAGGAGGACUCUCAGAAGCCUUUGAUAGCGGUUAUUGUUUCUCUGUGUGUUUCAAUAUUCGCAGUUUUUGCUGUAAUCUCAAUAUUUAUGCUUCUUGAACUUUUAUCCAGGCGAAAUCAACUACGAAACACAAAAAUCAGACCGUUUGUUUCAUGAAAUUCAGUAGCCAACAUAUGUGCUUCAUGAAACUAUGCCUGUUGCCAAGUAAUUCCUUGCAAUUGAACAGACAAAUAACGCUUUAUUUCAGUCAAGGAUUCAACACAAAUACAUUUGACAUUGCAAUAUGUAUUUUAAUAUUUCUAAUGUAACUUGUUGAUAAGAUUUUUCACGUUUAAAUCUAAGAUUUGCAGCAUGUGGAUGAAUGAAUGAUUUAAUGUU